GAGGUGCUGAGGGUAGGCAACAACACAUCUGCCACGCUGACCCUCAAAAUGGGGGGCCCAAAAUAGUCCCCUCGUGUACUCCCUGUUCACCCACAACUGGGUGGCCGCUCACAACUCCAACGCCAUCAUUAAGUUUGCAGACGACACGACGGUGGUGGACCUGUUUACUGACGACGAUGAGAUAGCCUAUAGGGAGGAGUUAUUCUGGUAAGAGCCAUGCAAUUCUCUCCGGGCUGUUUGGUGUUGCUGUUCUCCCUUUUCCAUAGUGCACCUAGAGCUCCGGCCACUGUGGUUGAGGACUUCAACCAUGUAGAACGAUGCAAGGAUUCCUUAUACAUGGGAACCCCACCACGGGGAAUCAUUGAUGCCAAACUGAAGAAGAUCUGUCAGCGCUAUGCAGACAAGCCACGCUUCGUGACCCUGUACGACCCUCAGAAACGAAUCCCUGUCUACUCAGCCUACUCCUUCAAGAAGACAGAGGGAGACCGGCGCGUGGACUACCCCUGGAUGUAUGAGCCACAGCUGGCAGAGGUUGAUGGCAAUGGAAACAUGCUACCCUUCCCUACCGGCUACCUGCACAUGAAGUUUGAGGACAGCCAAGCAGUGCUGGAUGACUACUCUGACGUAGUACUGUAUGAACGUGGCCACCUGAACCCAGACCAGCACCAGUCUGACCCUCAUGACCGUGCCUCCACUUACACCCUGACCAACGUGGUGCCAGAGAUCAGAGAGUUCAACAUUGGGCCGUGGCGUGAGCACGAGGAGCGUAUCCGUGUCCGCCUCAACAACUACUGCCGUGGCACCGCCUUCAUUGUCACAGGGGUGACCACUACAGGUCACAUGAUUCGCCGGAACAACCAGGACCGCGUGGCCAUCCCUGAGGACGUGUGGACUGCCUACUGCUGCACUGACUACGACCGCAACGCCCCCCACGAUGUCCGCAUCCGCUUCCCUUCCCAGGCUGCCCUGGCCAAGAACGCCAAGGAGGGCAACACGGUCCACGAGAUAACUGUCCAAGACUUGGAGAACUUCCUGAAGACCCGGAUGGACGUGGACCAGAACCUGCAGCUCUUCUAUGACAACUGCAUCUCCCCCUCUCCUCUCCCUCUGUACCUCCACCACACCAUCUAAACGCUCCCCAGCAGCUACUAUACACACCUACUCUGUGUGCUCUGUGUAUCUCAAAUGUGUAUGCUCAGUGCGCUAGUAGUUUUUAUAAUGAUUAAAUAUGAUGUACACUGGCAGUUGUAGUGUAGGGUAAUUGUCCUUCCAAAUGACUUCUGUUGUAGCGUAGGCUAAUUGUCCUUCCAAAAGAAUUCUGUUGUAGUGUAGGGUAAUUGUCCUUCCAAAUGACUUCUGUUGUAGUGUAGGCUAAUUGUCCUUCCAAAUGACUUCUGUUGUAGUGUAGGGUAAUUGUCCCUCUAUUUUCUGUAUUUCUAGCACUCUUUUUAACUGUAAUUGGCUUUGCCGCUAUCUGUCCCCUUAUAAAACACUCAGUGGCAUUCAAAUACAAUGGUGUAGUGUGUCAACCAUUCAUGGAAAGGUGUUAUCUGCGCAUAGUUGGAAAGUGGUUGUAAAAUGGACUAUACCAUCAAAGGCUGUAAAGAGUGUAUCUUCUUUGAAUAAAACAAAUGAGUUCUCUGA